AGCGCCCAGAGCCGCGGCCGGAGCCGGACCGAGCGGCUGCGCCCGCACACAGCUCCCGAGCAGCCCCGGGGGCUGCGCCGCCUCCGCCGCACGCGCUCCCGGAGGGUGCGGGGACCAUCGCGGGGGCACAAUGCCUUCGCCACCGCUUCUCCUGCUGCUGCUGCUGCUGCUGCUGGCCCCGGGGGCCGCGGGGAUGCGAGGCACCGGCAGCACUCCCCACGGCCAGGGUGCGGACAGGGGCAGGACGCUGCCCACGGCUGCCCGGGACAUCCCGGAGGUGCAGGGGAUGAGGGAGCGGCUGCGCCGGGGCACGGAGGAGGACUCCAAGUCGGUGCAGCAGUACGUGCCGGGGGUGCGCGUGGAGUUCCCGCGGCCCCUCAACUCCGCCAGCCUGCACCCCACCAGGGCCCUGCUGCCAUCCAGCACGGACCCGUCGGAGCAGCAGCCGGGGGUCCCCACGGACAGGGACAGGUCAGAGCCCCGAGCCAACCUCACCACGGUGUCUGACAAGCGGCUGCAAAUCCACAACCCCCUGUACCCGGUGACAGAGAGCUCCUACAGCGCCUACGCUGUCAUGUUCCUGUCCCUCAUCGUCUUCACGGUGGGGAUCAUCGGGAACCUGUCCGUGAUGUGCAUCGUGUGGCACAACUACUACAUGAAGAGUGCCUGGAACUCCAUCCUGGCCAGUCUGGCUUUCUGGGACUUCCUCAUCCUCUUCUUCUGCCUGCCUGUGGUCAUCUUCAACGAGAUCACCAAGAAGAGGCUGCUGGGGGACAUGUCCUGUCGCAUCGUGCCCUUCAUGGAGGUAUCGUCACUGGGAGUUACCACCUUCAGCCUCUGUGCCCUGGGCAUCGACAGGUUCCACGCAGCCACCAGCCCCCAGGCCAGCACGCGGCCCAUCGAGCAGUGCCAGUCCAUCAUCGCCAAGCUGGCCGUCAUCUGGGUGGGCUCCAUGACGCUGUCGGUGCCAGAGAUCCUGCUCUGGCAGCUGGCGCAGGACACGUCGCCCGUGUCCGGUGGGGUGACGGAGUUUUGCACCAUGAAGCCCUUGUCCAACCUGCCCGAGUCCAUCUACUCCCUGGUGCUCACCUACCAGAACGCUCGCAUGUGGUGGUAUUUCGGCUGCUACUUCUGCCUGCCCAUCCUCUUCACCGUCAGCUGCCAGCUGGUGACGCGGCGCAUCCGCGGCACCGAGAAGAAGAGCGAGUGCCGGGGCACCAAGCACGGCCAGUGCGAGAGCCACCUGAACUGCACCAUCAUCGCGCUGACCGUCAUCUACGGGCUCUGCACCACCCCCGAGAACGUCUGCAACAUCGUGGUGGCCUACAUGUCCCCUGACAUGUCUAAGCAGACCUUGGAUCUGCUCAACCUCAUCAACCAGUUCUUCCUGUUCUUCAAGUGCUCCGUGACGCCUGUCCUGCUCCUGUGCCUCUGUCGUCCCCUGGGCCAGGCCUUCAUGGACUGCUGCUGCUGCUGCUGUGAGGGCUGCGGCCCCGACACCACCUCCAGCGAGGGCAGCGCCGACAGCAAGCUCAAAACCGAGAUGUCCUCCUCCAUCUUCUUCGACAAGCCCCGGGAGACUCCCCCACCCCUCCUGGCCCUGGGCACCCCAUGCUAAGUGCCACUGGGGAGCUGUAGCGAUCGUUUCACCACCUCCUCCCAAGACCAAACGUUGUUUUGCCAUUAGUACUCAUGUCUGGACAUGGAGCAAGCAGAAGAGACAGAUCAGGGGGCUGUGCCGUGGGCUUCAAACCCAGCACUGGGCAGGUGGGGCUUGAAAUCCCAGUCCCCGUGGCUACACUGGUGACCCUCUUGCCUCUGCCCAAAGGUCAGCGAGGACAGCAGCACCCUCCUGUCCCGGCUGCCUGGCCGGGCUCCGUGGGGCUGCUGCUCUGGAGAUGGUGUUGUGCCAGGAAGGUCUUACCUGAAACCACAGAGGCUGGCCGUGAUGGCUCACAGAGGACACAGCAAACACAAACUGCCCUCCUCCUGCCCCCUCCCUUCCUGCCAGCCCCUCCCCAAGAGGAGAAGGUCCAACUGGCCGUAUCCCACGGGUUCAAGCCGUGCCCUGUAUGAGCUCAAUAAACCAGUAACCUAGA